GAGUCCGGAAGCGCCUGCGCGCGCCCCUCCGCCGGAGAAGGAGUUCGGUUCCGUGUCCCGCGGCUCGGCGUCCGUCCCGCGGACAGCUGCUGUGCGGAGAGGAACCCCGAGCGGGGCCGACCCGACCCGACCCGACCCGACCCCGCCGGCCCCCAGCGAUGUCCAGCAACAGCUUCGCUUACAAUGAGAACUCCGGGGGAGGGGAGGCCACGGAGCUGGGGCAGGACGCGACCUCAGCCAUUUCCAACUCCGGCGCCCUGGGCCUCUUCAGCAGCGACCUGAAGAAGAAUGAAGAUCUAAAGCAAAUGUUGGAGAGCAACAAAGAUUCUGCUAAAUUGGAUGCUAUGAAACGGAUCGUUGGGAUGAUUGCAAAAGGGAAAAAUGCAUCUGAACUGUUUCCUGCUGUUGUGAAGAAUGUGGCCAGUAAAAAUAUUGAGAUCAAGAAGUUAGUAUAUGUUUACCUGGUUCGAUAUGCUGAAGAACAGCAGGAUCUGGCACUCUUGUCCAUAAGUACUUUUCAGCGAGCUCUGAAGGAUCCAAAUCAGCUAAUUCGUGCAAGUGCUUUGAGAGUUCUGUCAAGUAUUAGAGUGCCAAUUAUUGUACCUAUUAUGAUGCUCGCUAUUAAGGAAGCUUCUGCUGAUUUAUCACCAUAUGUUAGGAAGAAUGCAGCCCAUGCCAUACAAAAGUUGUACAGCCUUGAUCCAGAGCAGAAGGAAAUGUUAAUUGAAGUUAUUGAAAAACUUUUGAAGGAUAAAAGCACACUGGUAGCUGGCAGUGUUGUGAUGGCUUUUGAAGAAGUAUGCCCAGAGAGAAUAGACCUGAUUCACAAGAAUUACCGCAAGCUAUGUAAUUUACUAGUUGAUGUAGAAGAGUGGGGACAAGUUGUCAUAAUCCACAUGCUGACUCGAUAUGCUCGUACACAGUUUGUCAGUCCUUGGAAAGAGGAUGAUGGUCUAGAGGACAACGAAAAGAAUUUCUAUGAGUCUGAUGAGGAACAGAAAGAAAAGGCUGAGAAAAGAAAAAAGCCUUAUACUAUGGAUCCAGACCAUAGACUUUUAAUUCGGAAUACAAAACCUUUGCUUCAGAGCAGAAAUGCAGCGGUGGUUAUGGCAGUUGCUCAGCUGUAUUGGCACAUAUCACCAAGAGCUGAAGCUGGCAUUAUUUCUAAAUCACUAGUGCGUUUACUUCGUAGCAGUAGGGAGGUGCAGUAUAUUGUCCUACAGAACAUAGCAACUAUGUCAAUUCAAAGAAAGGGUAUGUUUGAACCUUAUCUGAAGAGUUUCUAUGUUAGGUCAACUGAUCCAACUAUGAUCAAGACACUUAAGCUUGAAAUUUUGACAAACUUGGCAAAUGAAGCCAACAUAUCAACUCUUCUUCGAGAAUUUCAGACUUACGUAAAAAGCCAGGAUAAGCAAUUCGCAGCAGCCACUAUUCAAACUAUAGGCAGAUGUGCAACAAACAUCUUAGAAGUCACUGACACAUGUCUCAAUGGCCUGGUGUGUCUGCUGUCCAACAAAGAUGAAAUAGUUGUUGCUGAAAGUGUCGUUGUUAUUAAGAAAUUACUGCAAAUGCAACCUGCACAACAUGGUGAAAUUAUUAAACAUAUGGCCAAACUCUUGGACAGUAUUACUGUCCCUGUGGCUAGAGCAAGUAUUCUUUGGCUAAUUGGAGAAAACUGUGAACGAGUUCCUAAAAUUGCCCCUGAUGUUUUGAGGAAGAUGGCUAAAAGCUUCACAAAUGAAGAUGACCUUGUAAAACUGCAGAUUUUAAAUUUGGGAGCAAAAUUGUAUUUAACCAACUCCAAACAGACAAAAUUGCUUACCCAGUACAUAUUAAAUCUCGGCAAGUAUGAUCAAAACUACGACAUCAGAGACCGUACAAGAUUUAUUAGGCAGCUUAUUGUUCCGAAUGAGAAGAGUGGAGCUUUAAGUAAAUAUGCCAAAAAAAUAUUCCUAGCACAAAAACCUGCACCACUGCUUGAGUCUCCUUUUAAAGAUAGGGAUCAUUUCCAGCUUGGAACUUUAUCUCAUACACUCAACACUAAAGCUACUGGGUACAUGGAAUUAUCUAAUUGGCCAGAGGUGGCGCCUGACCCAUCAGUUCGAAAUGUAGAAGUAAUAGAGUUGGCAAAAGAAUGGACUCCAUCAGGAAAAGCAAAGAAAGAGAAACCUGCUAAGAAAUUUUAUUCUGAAUCUGAGGAGGAAGAGGACUCUUCCAAUAGCAGCAGUGAUAGUGAGAGUGACUCUGGAAGUGAAAGUGGGAAACAAGGGGAGGAAGGAGACAGUGAAGACAGCAGCGAGGACUCCUCCAGUGACAGUGAGAGUGGAAGCGAGUCAGAAGCAGAAAACAAAAAAACGGCCAAGAGGAACUCCAAAAGCAAAGGAAGAGGUGAUUCUGAAGAUGGGGAGACUGAAAAUGAGAAAUCUGAAACUUCAGAUUCUUCCAGUGGAGAUUCGAGUUCAAUAGAAGACAGUUCUUCAGAAUCUGAAUCAAAAUCAGAAAGUGAAUCUAAAUCCAGAAAAGUCACCAAGGAGAAAGAAACAAAAAUAAAGCAAGAUAGAAAUCUUGUUACCAAAAAUGUCUCACUUCUUGAUCUGGAUGAUUUUAACCCGGUAUCUGUUCCAAUUGCACAUCCCACACCAGCUCUUUCUCCAAGCUUGAUAGCCGAUCUUGAAGGUUUAAAUUUGUCAACUUCUUCAUCAAUCAUCAACGUCAGUACUCCUGUCUUUGUACCAAUGAAAACUCAUGUGCUGCUUCAUCGCAUGAGUGGGAAAGGACUAGCUGCCCAUUACUUCUUUCCAAGACAGCCUUGCAUUUUUGGUGAUAAGAUGGUCUCUGUACAAGUAACACUGAAUAAUACUACAGAUCAAAAGAUCGAAAAUAUUCACAUCGGAGAAAAAAAACUUCCUACAGGCAUGGAAAUGCAUGUUUUUAAUCCAAUAGAAUCUCUUGAGCCUGAGGGAUCCAUUACUGUUUCAAUGGGUAUUGACUUCUGUGAUUCCACUCAGACUGCCAGUUUCCAGUUGUGUACCAAGGAUGAUUGCUUCAAUGUUAAUAUUCAGCCACCUGUUGGAGAACUGCUUUUACCUGUGGCCAUGUCAGAGAAAGAUUUUAAGAAAGAGCAAGGAAUGCUGACAGGAAUGAAUGAAACUUCUACUGUAAUCAUCCUUGCACCACAGAACUUCACCUCCUCUGUGAUCCUUCAGAAGAUUGUCGAUGUGGCCAACGUUGGUGUAGUGCCUUCUGGCCAGGACAAUGUACACAGGUUUGCAGCUAAAACUGUGCACAGUGGGUCAUUGAUGCUAGUCACAGUGGAACUCAAGGAAGGCUCUACAGCACAGCUUAUCAUAAACACCGAGAAAACUGUGAUUGGCUCUGUUCUGCUGCGGGAGCUGAAGCCCGUCCUGUCCCAGGGGUAACCUGCUUACAUCUGGACUUCAGAAUCUGGCACACAACAAAAGUGCCUGGCAUCCACGACUGCUGCCUUUCAUUUAUAAUAAUAGCCCUUCCAUCUGGCAGUGGGGGAACACACUCCUGACAUUCUUGUCUCCUGCUUUAGAAUGCUAGUGUGUAGCUCCCAUGUAUGCAGUACUGUCCCCAUUUUCGCUUUGCUAACCAAAGAACAUAUUUUUUACUGUCAGUUCUUUCAACUCUUGAGUCCAUGUGGCAUUUUCUCUACCCUGCUACUUCUUCUGUCCUUCUCAUCUUCCUUCCCUUUUUCAACAAUGAUGGACGUGAAUUGGAUAUUUAAAGUUUAUUGGAAAUCAUCUUCUUCCCACAGUAAGCAAAAAUUAGCCUAGAAAUAGUCUGUAUUGCCUCUCAGCUUGACAUUUGAAGAUGGGCUACUUUUUAGAAUUAAAUGCCAAAACAACAAGAUCUCUGCAAAAUUUUGUUCUAUGAAUUUCCUGGUAUCGUAAUUGGUUAUUGACAACUGUCAUCAUGAAAUUAUCUCUGAAUAAUAAGAUGAAUAAACUAGCAUAAAAAGCAUUUGCCUUUGCAUUCUUUUAAUGAGAAAUUGUUUAUAAUUCUGAAGUUUGCAUGUGCUUAUUUUUUUUUUAACUCUAUAGUAGAUAGUUUGAGUGUUUUAUUAUGCAGAAAAGCAAAGGGUUUAAUGAAAGAAAAAACACUUUCAAACCAAGCAGAUGUUUCUAAUUGUGUUAUAUUCUUUACUUUUGCAUAAAGUAAUAUUUUUUGCUGCUAACUUAGAUUUAAAAUUUAUGUUAAAUCAGUAAUAUAAUGUAUAAUAGUAUGCUAACAAUGGAAACCACUUUAAUAUCAAUAGCUUAAUAUCAUUAAAAUAUUUUUCUCAUAAGUGAAAUUAGAAAAAUGACCAAAGUCCCAUUUCAGAUUUGGAUUUUUGGGGUUUUUGAUACAAUGAUUCAGAGUUCCUUGCCUCAUAUUUCCUUUAACUUGAUCAUAAUCCAUGAUUAUCUUUAAAUUAUUCCAUUGAGUCGAGUUAGUCAAUGUUGAAUUCUUAAUUCUAGCUAUAUUUUUUCAUUUUAAUGUCCACUUAAUGGGACAUUUGAUGUGCACCAAUCUUGAAGAAUUGCUCUCAUAGUAUAUUUCAGCCUGAGCCUCGUUUUUAGUAUCACAAUGCAUUUGCUUUAUUUAUU